AUGGCGCGUGGGUUGGGGGCUGCUUACGCUGCAGGAGCCGGUCUGUUGGGGGCGCUGGCCGCCUGCUCAGCCAAGCUGGCUCUGGGCGCUGAUUACCUGCAGGCGGGCUGCAUUGCGGUCAUCGGAGGAGAGGAGACGGCUGCCGGUGCCUGCGCCUGGUUACCUGUGAUGCUUCGAGUUGGAUGUGGUGGUCUGGUACUUGCAUGGAAUGCCAUAAUGUGGACCUUCUUUGCCAAAGCUCUGAGGUAUUCAUCCUCCUCAGCUACAGCGACUGUGACAUCAACGGCUUCUAACUUUGUCUCUUCUGCUGUUCUCGGCAAGCUGCUUUUUGGGGAGAGUCAUGCCCUGUUGUGGUGGAUUGGGAUUUCCAUUACGCUUCUUGGACUCCUCCUGCUUCACACUGCCCCACCAACUCAGCCAGGGGAAGAGAAGCACCUGAAGGAAAAGAAGACAUAGCAACUCGAGGGGCUUUGCAAUUCACAACAGAAGCAGGAAAUCACAUCAGGACCACAAAAGGAAACCAAGCAGAGGCCUUCUGCCCUGCUUCGCCCCGGCUGGAGGUGUUUUUCCUUUGGUUUUGUUUACACAAAUGGAUUUAUGGCAGAUCACUAAGUGUGACAGAGGCUUUGGUGAUAGUCGUGCUACAGUGAGUUCCGGCACACUGAACCAUGGAGAAGUUCUGUAAGAAGAACCAGUAAUGCCAUAAAUCUGGCUGCUGAAGUAACUCUGGAAAGAAGUGGGUAAAUAAGAAUGCUUAUCACAGAAUUUACCAGACCUAAUUGGAGCAAACAGUCUUCUACAGUUUUAUGAGGAACAGGUGCUACUACAUACUAUCGACUCCUUUGGUGAAGCUGCCAAAUUUCAAGUUUUCAAAAGGGGAGGGAAAGAGACAGGUAAUUGUAUACUUGCAUGCCCUUCCCACCUGACAGGAUAUAUACGUACUUUAUAUUGUACAUAUAUCUGACACAAGGACUUGGUCUUCCUUUUCUCUGUUCCUUUGUGUAACCUGUCCUGUGAUGCUGUACGUAACAGAUGGUUCUAAAAACAGAAACUGUUCUUAGUUUCUGUAGCCACAGUGGGAACUAAACAAAUUAAAACUUUUGGGAAAAUAGCUUAGCAUAACCACGCAGCAGCUGUUGACCCAUCCUUUCGCUUCUCUGUCUGUUAAAUGCAGUAGUAUACAACUGCACCUUAGAAAACCUGGAUUAAAGUCCUGAGCCAGCCAUGACCUGGUUUGCAUAGUGGGACAGCCCAUUGUGGGUAACUUGCCACUGUGGGCUGUUGUAUCAUCUGAACGUAGACCACUUCUCAUAGAGCAGCUUGUUCUGUUUCUUCAGAUAAGCCACAUUAGAACCCAUGGCUGUCCUAGGAAUUGCUUUACUCACAAUGGGUUCUUGUGUUGUCUGAGCCCAAGCAACUGAUCUCUCUGUGGGUAAAGCGAGGUGCUGAGCAAGAGUAGCUUAAAACUGCCAGUGACAUGUGCUGAAGCAACACAGCAAAGGGGCUGUCACUGGUUGGCCAACUCUUAUGUAUAAUUUGUUUAGCACUCCAAAUGGGUACUUUUUUGUAUUUUUAAAAAAGAAUUUCUAAUCAAACCUCCACGAGGGCAGGGGUGUGCAGUUCCAUGAGUCUAAAAUUGGUAGCCUCACCAGAGCAAUGUCUGGAGGAGGGAUUAGUUCCUGUCAGAGUUUGGAGCUCUGGGAUAUGGCUCCAAAUUGUUUUUAAAAAUGCUUUGAUGUGACAGCUGUCAAAUCCAAGCACAACUGAAUGAGUUUUCCUCAUAUGGAAUCAAUGUAGUGAGAUUCUUGUGAUUUUGAGUGACCCCUCCGUAGAUCCUAGUGUCCCCAAUUUUUCACCCUUUCCCAAGUCUGUAAGUGUUUGGGAUAGUGAGAAUUGCCCCCCAACCUCUUUUUACUGACACUUGCUUUUGACAGCUGUCAGAAGAAGAGCUUCUUUAAAACAAAAAAGGACUGAGGAAGCGCUAAACAGGAAAGUUGCAAUGAAGUAGUAUACUUAGUUCCCUGUUCAAACUAUCCUGACAUAAUAACUACCAUCAAAAAUGGUCAUUUUUCCUGCUUUGCCACUACUACUGCGGCAGUAAAGCAGUGAUUGGCAUGCUUGGGCCCCUGAUGGUGGAAUGCGCUCCCCAAAGAGGUCCGCCUGGCGCCUUUUUAUUUAA